AUGCGCCAUUCGAUCCGCAAGAUGCAACUCGAUUGCUCUCAACUACAGCUCGACGUGUCACCUCAACCCGACUGAUUCGGGCACGGUGCGACUUCGCACAACACGGUCAACAACACCGCCAUCUUGAACAAGAUACAACUAAAACCGCCACCUGAGAGGGCGCGGUCGCUGUCAGCAGCGUGCUAGCUUACGUCGACGCAUCGCUCGAGCGUCCUCGGUCGGACACGUGCUCGGUCACCCAAUCGCCUCGAUCGCCCCGUUCGCCCUCUCGCCACUCGACCGAUGCGUGUGGUGAGUACUUCACUCAGAUACUUUCCAGCUCACACCCCAUCCGCUCACCUCAUGUUUGUCUUUGCUGCUCAUCACUCUAGUUCAGAUCGCGCGUUGGCCGACCCGCUGGCAUCCGAGGUUCGCACCGAACCGCUCUGUGACCUGUACAAUCAUGCUCGCGACGCCAGCGCAAGUUCCUCGUCAGCACCAUCGAGGAGAUAAUUACUUUCCUCAGUUCUCGAAUCGAUGCACAUGUCACUCGGCCCACAUCGCCCCACCCCCAAACACCACUGUCGACCAGUGACAAUUUGCUCCGCCACCCCCACAUCGUUCACUCGCGUCAUCAACGUUAAGCAAUCACGCGAAUGCAAUCCCUCUCAUCUCUUUCAUGAUCGAAUCGAAGAGCUCAUCGACGCGGCUAGCUCGGGGUUGGUUGGAACAUCUGUUGCACGACUCGACUGAUUUCGUGAAUGUCGAGAUCGGAGACGUUUAUCGGCACAAGCACUUUCACCCCGUCUCGACUGCGCCGCAAAUCACUCAACCUCCCGCGAUCGUUAUCCAGCUCGUCGAGUCAUCCGUCCAAAGCCACUACGUCUCGCUAUAA